UCGUUGAUUAACUAUGAAUCCCUCACCCUCUAUUUUGGCAGAAACAAUAACCGCACCUCCACCAACUACACGAAGACCAUCAAACUAUGUGUUAGAAAACAAUAAGCCUAAUAAAACAACACCCCCUCCUUUAUUACCUCGUAUACAAUCCUCUGAAGUUUCUUUCUCGAGUCUAAGUCUACAAUCACCUACUACGCCUACUCACAAAUAUGCACAUACCAAGUCACCUACUGAGCAUCAUCCUUAUUUCUCAGUUUCUCAACUGGCCGCUAUUCGACUUUUAUGUUCUGCAGUUGAAAUAAACGACUGGUCCUUUUUAUCGCUCGAGAAAUAUGCCGCUUGCUAUAGCGCGCAAGGUGCUUACGAUCUAGAAAUGAGCACUUUGGGACUCUCUAUUGAUCUUGCUGCCAAUAACCCAAGGACACGCAACUUUACUAGGCUAGUGGCUCAUUUACUCUCACUGUUGAAAGAGUUGCAGUCGAACCAACAUGAAACCAUUCCUAUCCAGACGUUUAACGCGUUAUUCUUGACAAAUGCAUUAACAAAGCAGUUUGCAUGUAAUUUGACCAAUCAAGAGCUCAUCCAUCAGUUUGAGGAUAGCAACUCUUUGCAAGGAGAACAACUUGUUGAAGCUCUAUUGUAUGUCUUGAUUAACAUGGAUCCAUGCUUUAGUUAUUCAACCUAUGAAUUUUAUACUGAGAUCUUGAAUACCAUGAUUAUCCUAUGUUCUACUCAACUUCGUCAUUCCAAAGCAUCGCAGACCAACAACUACUUCUUGCACGUAUUAAUGCACAAAUUUGCUAACAGAGCAGAAACAGUAGUCGCUCGUUUAUUAGAGAAUCUCAUUUCUCAAAAGACAGCACCGCCUCAGUCAUCCAGUGUCAUGUAUACUGCGUAUAAUUAUUUUUUCUCGGGAAGAACCAAUGUCUUGUCGGAUACUGAUAGCAUACCUGUAGCAGAUCGCAGUCUUCUGCUCUUGUUGUUGUUGGGAACACAACCUUUAGAAAAUGAUAGUAAAUGGAUGAAAGCUUAUCGAUUUGCCUUAGCUACUUUGAGUGAUCAUAAUAUGGUAUCGAACGAUAUUGAUGAGCCUGAUAGAAAAAUGCAUUUGAUUUCAUUCAAAGACUUGUUUGAAAUCUUUAGUACCUCUUUGCAUAUAGAAGAAAGAAUGCUCUUGUUUUAUUUGAUUCUUAAAGAAAAUGAAACGUUUCGUGUUUAUGUCUUGUCAAGAACAGACCCGGAAACAAUUUACAUGCCCAUUUUAAGGCUUAUUUAUGAAUCUAUGGAAGGAAAGACUAAUUACUCGCAAGUAUAUGUUCUUUUUGUCAUCUUGUUAAUACUAAGUCAAGACGAUGUUAAUAAUGAAGCGGUCCAUAAAGUGGUUGUAAGCAAUAUUACAUGGUUUAUUGAAAGACCAUUAUUAAAGUCAGUAUCGCUGGGCGGAUUGGUGAUUUUGAUAUUGAUUCGUACACUCCAGCUGAAUCUAUCGCAUCAUAAAGAUGUGUUUAUUCAUACAAAUGCACUGGCUAUCUUAUCCAACAUGUCUAAUAGAAUAUACGACAUGCAUGCUUAUGUUGCUCAAAGGUUCAUAAGCUUUUUUGAAGUAUUGGCCCGACGAUAUAUAAAAUCCACCGAAAGUCUGACAAUAGAUAUUUCGGUCUAUGAAGAUAUUUUAGUUCUCUUGCUAGAAACUAUUAAUUCCGCCUUGAGUUACUGUCUAAAACAUAAUGCUCAAUUGGUCUAUGCCUUAUUGCAGAAGCGUGAAAUAUUUACUCCCUUUGAAUCACAUCCUCGACUAGCUGACUUAGUGCACAAUUUAGAACAAGUAAUUCAAUACUUUAAUACCCGUGUUUCUGAGGCUAAUCUCAAAGCACCAUCUUCAAAUGAAGUGCUCAGAUUGGUUGAACAAGCAGCCCGUACUUGGUCAAAUCAAAAGUUGAUUUUAUUACCCGUCUUGAAAUUCUCAUAUGAAGAAGAGCAAAAUUCUUUUGAGUUCUUUAUACCUUACAUAUGGGCAUUGAUUCAUCGCAAGUCUUUCAUUUACUGGAGCGAGGAAAAAUGUCAUGUACUAGACAAUUAUCGAGCGAUAAAUGAAGAAAAUGCAUAAACUAAUAAAGUUAGAUAAAAUAAAAGUGAAAAAUUAAAUGUUUGUGAUAUAAUCACUAAUAAAAUGGUCAAAUCAAUUAGUCG